AUGGCACCUUUGCCAUCAGCUUAUUAAAAGUGCUGUGUGGAGACAAUUCAGGAAAUGUCUUCCUCUCCCCCAUUAGCAUCUCCUCUGCUCUCGCCAUGGUUUAUAUGGGGGCAAGAAGAGACACUGCAGCCCAGAUGUCCCAGGUAUGACCUGUCCCAGAGGAAGCGUGACAACAUGGUCCCAGUGCUGUGUAGCGCUGGUCUGUCCAGCGGAAGGAAGGAAGGCAUCGAGGUGAUGGAGAAAGGCAGACACGCGUAGAGAGGUGACAUGUACAGGACAGGUCCUCUCCUCUAAUGCUGGCGGGAGAGAUGAAAUCAUGGUUAUCUCUGUAGGUAAGAUCAGCAGGACAUUUAGUAGAUAGAGUAGAAUUCUACCCACAAACAGGCACACAGGUUCGACCUUGUUUUAUUUUAAACUUUUGUUAGCAUUCCAUUUUAUAUAGAAAUGCAGCUGUGUCAGUGUUUUGUCAAGUGUGUCAUUUUUACUGUAUAAUUAUCCUAAGUCGAGGAAGAAAUGUGGGCUUAAACCUCCUAGCGUUAUUCAGAGGAAAUGUAUAAUGUGAUUGAUCCGAAGGGCUGCAAACGAGGCAGUGGAUCAUCUUCCAGGGUAGUUGAUUUGCCUAUCUGGUGAACGUGUCCCCCCAAAUUACCAAUGGACAUUAUUUUCCCACUAAUAUCAGGGACAGCUAUCUCCCCAGAUAAACCCAACGACCUCCACUGAAGUCCCAUGUGGUUGGUUCUAAAACCAUGGAAGGAGUGAGGCUUGGGACUGGGGAGACAAUCUGUAAGUCUCACUCUCACUUAACAUUUCAGUCAUAAUUUGGCCUGGAUUACUUCCUUAAAAUUGCAGAUGAAACUUUUUUAUUUUUGCUUUUUCUUGCAUUUCUGGGUCAUAUUCAAUUCAUCACAGCAACGUAUAUUUUUUCCUUUCUGCCUUCCUCCUGAGUUAUCAUACACCGCCUCCCUGGCAUGGAUAAAGUGGCUAGACCAGCAGUUCUCAACUGCAGUGGUGGUGAAGAUGGGACAGGUGGCUGCCCUGGACAUUCGGUCACAUCUGGAUGGUUUUCGUUCUCGUAACUGAGAGGAGCUACUGCCAUCUUGUGGGCAGAUGCCAGAAGUGCAGCCAAACAUCCUGGGAUGUUUGCAGACUUACAAGGACUCUUGUCAGAAGUUCUAUCAGGCUGAGCUGGAGGAGCUGUCCUUUACUGAAGAUUGUGAAGAAUGCAGAAAACACAUAAAUGCCUGGGUGUCUGAAAAGACUGAAGGUAAGAUUACAGAGGUUCUGGGUGCUGGAACAGUCCAUUCCCUGACUAAGCUGGUCCUUGUGAAUGCUAUCUACUUCAAAGGAAAAUGGAAUGAACAAUUUGAUAGAAAGUACACAAGGGGAAUGCCUUUUAAAACCAAGCAGGAGAAAAAGACGGUGCAGAUGAUGUUUAAGAAAGCCAAAUUUAACAUGGGGUACAUCGACGAAGUGCACACUCAGGUCCUGGAGCUGCCCUAUGAGCAGGAGGAGCUGAGGAUGCUCGUUCUACUCCCUGAUGAGGACACUGAUCUCGCCGUGGUGGAAGAAGCACUCACAUAUGAGAAUUUCAGAGCUUGGACAAAUCCAGAAAAGAUGACCAAGAGCAAAGUUCAAGUUUUUUUCCCCAGAAUAAAGUUAGAGACAAGUUAUGACCUGGAGUCGUUUCUUCGAAGGUUAGGAAUGACUGACGCUUUUGAGGAAGCUAAGGCUGACUUUUCUGGAAUGUCAACAAAGAAGAAUGUGCCGGUGUCCAAGGUCACCCACAAGUGCUUUGUGGAGGUCAACGAGGAAGGCACAGAGGCGGCGGAGACCACUGCAGUGGUCAGGAAUAGCCGGUGCUGCCACAUGGAGCCCAGGUUCUGUGCAGACCGUCCUUUCCUUUUCUUCAUCGUGCACCACGAAACCAACUGCGUCGUGUUCUGUGGCAGGUUCUCCUCUCCAUAACGAGGCAAGGUUGCUGUAUAUGUCUUCCUUUCCCUUCUGCCUUGUUUUAAUUAUAGUUCCAUGUGACCCAGUUGAUGUGGAGACUUGAAGGCCAAAAUAAAACGCAUGUACCUGG